UUUUGAUGAGUACCUAAGAGCUUUAAGCAAGUGAACUCAGUUAUUGAAGUGGGUCGAUCUUGGUAAGUUAACGAAAAUCCCAUGUUCAAAACGAUUUGAUAGCUUAUUUAACUGUUUCUAAACAGCUACUUCCGUUUCCAUGCUUUUCUAUUUUUUCUUUGACCAAUCAUCUGUUGUUUAGUGGACGUAUUGCAUUGGUGUGAGUCUGACUGAUUAUUCAAAACUGUUUGGGGCUCAUAAUAUAGUUAGUUUAUUUAAACGUUGGUUUCUCCAAAUCUUUUAACCUUAAAAGAGAAAAGAUUGUUUUAUGAAUUGUCAUAACUCUAGGCGAAGGACUUUUCAACAGGAUGUUCUGACUGUUAAUAGAAGCUAAGUAUAAUUAAUUUACAACAAAAGCACAAAAAUUUUUAACGAUCCCGGUAGACAAUAAUUCAAAGGAUUCCUGAAAUUGCUGGAAAUACGGACAAUCAAAGUUUCUCUUAAAUUGCAUGUCAUUAACGAGGCACCAUGUUAAUUCUUACUAACAAUAGCCAGGAUGACGCAUUUUAGAAAAGAAUUUCCUUGUAAGAGAUGUGUUGAUACUCUCACUGGUAGUUGUAUCCAAAAAUAGAUAUAUAGAUUUAGCAGAGGCAAAAGGCGAAGCUCCCGUUAAUGAAAACAUAUUGAAAAGAAAUCCACUUAAAGGUGAGCUUGCGACUGGUUGAAAACAAGUAUCUUUUCAGGGGUAAACUGAAACCCGAGCCCACGAUAUGGUCCUGUGAUACUGGUCAGCGGAUACUUUGUUUUGACAGCUGUCAAUUGACCACAACAUGUAUGUGCAACAUUUCACAUUGGUUUCUCUUUGGUGUGGACGGACGGGGGCGGGCGGACGUCCAGUCACUAAACUACCAAAAUUUAUCCGAUGGAUGGAUAACCAAAUUUUGUUAGCUACAGGGCUCUGUUAUUAAGUGGGGGAGGACAUGGCAGUAGAAUCCCUGGAGAAUCGAAUAGUGAGAGGAAGUGGUACGGGAGGCGCAAGAGGAAAAGCGGGCCGUGGGAGCUUUAAAAGGGUAGUAAGCGGGAUGAUGGAAUAGGAGUAAAUUACGCAACAAUGCUUAUUAUUCCGCUAUCACAAGGAAGCCAAGAAUGGGGAGGGAUUCUGGUUUGGAUCCCCUAUCUCUCUCCACCUCCACCCCUAUCCAAUUUUGAAACAGAAAACACCAGGUGCUCAGUUUUUAAAGAAUAGCACGAUUGUCGAACGGCUUGAAAUUCAGAAUCAGCAGGCAUUGGAAAGAUUUAGAGCAAAAAAUUUUGAAAACCCCAAAAACAAAUUCAAGGCUGAAGUGGUUGGACUAGUGGUUUUCUGAUCCAAUGGUUUCUCGAUAAAAAGCUGAUAGUAGAAAUUCAAGGAAAAACAUAAGCGAAAUUUUUCAUGAGCCAAAUUCAUGCUUUUGUAUUAUUGCUCAAUGAUAGCUGCAGGUUUUUUGCAAAGUUUAGUAGCCGUCAAGUUAGGAGCAAAAAGAUAGAUAGAUCAACGCACGUGUUACAACAACGGAUCCGCCUUCAGCUUUUCUUUGUUUCAAAACGGCAAACUCAGUGGCGGAAUUGUGCCGUUAGUUGAUUAAUAUCCUUUGAUAUUAUAGUUGACUGAUUGCUCCAGUCGUUGAUAACAUUUUUAUUGCAGAAAAUAAAAUCAGCCAGUAAAGAUGAAGAUUUGUUGUGCGGCCUCUCUGAUAUGCUUCCUUCUCUUGGCAGCCAUGGUGUCGUCGUCAGGUAAAGAAGAAUUUAUAUUUAGUUAUCCAUCGUUUACAAUAAAUAUAUACCACGUUCUCCUUUGAAAAUAUGAUGUGAUUUUUCUUUCUAAAUUUUCGGUGCUCCUGUCCACCUCGCAAAUAUCAGCGCUUAACGGAAAGUUAUUUGUUGCUCGCACUUGCAAGCUCAGCGUUGGUUCUGACGUCGUUCCCUAAUUUUGAACUAACGGUAGUGAAGCGCGCCGGAAAGCUUUCCUAUAUUGUCGAGGGCGUCGCUGUUCAUAGUAGGGAGCUUUAACAUCGACGACGGCAACGGCAGCGAAAACGUCAGUUUUAAAAUGAAUUUCCGUUUUUCCAAUCUUUGUCGCGUUUAUUCCAAUUUGCUGAAAAUGGCAAGUGUAGGUGAAUUUCCCAGGAGUUGAUUUCUUGAGGACCGCACUCAAGUUUAGUGAGAGAAAAAGAGAUUCGUCGUCGCUUGUUUACGUCCUCCAUGAAACUUGCAAUUAAGGCAUUUUCACGUCCAGUCGUAGUCGUGCAAGGACGAUAAAGAAAUGUACUAAAAAGCGUGACGCACGUGCAAAGUUGUUGUUUUGCGUAAUAAACCUAUUGCAUUUUUGACGUUCUCGUUGCCGUCGCCGUCGUCGUUGCUAAAGCUUCCUAGUUACUAUCCUGCGUCGCAGAAGCGCGUACUUUAACCUCGGUUAGUAACGUCUGCGAAUCAGCACCGAGAUACACGUUCUGCGCCCCAAAAGGACUCGAUCAACGAAUUA